GCAUCGUACGAGACUGACACGUGGCGCUACCCCACGUCGACGGUUCACCAACUCCUACUGCCCAUCACGCCACUCCUUUCCUAUUUAUAUCAUCCCCACCUUCCGCCCAUACCACUGAAUAUUUUCUCGAGAAAAUCCCCCGAGGCAUUUUCCCACCCACCAAACAAACAAAACAAAACCUUACUUUCUCGGCCCCAGCCCAUUAUUACCGUUAAUCGUUUCCGACAUAAAACAUAAUUUUCUGCGGGUAAAGUUUCCCGAGAAAACCCCCUGUAAUUUUCCCACUGACAAAAAAAAAAACAAAAAACCAUAUUGUACUUUUCCCAUCACCAUUCCAAACUUCCUAUCCUUCAAGAAAAUCCUUAAAAAGCCCUCCUAAUUUUCAAGUUUCUCUCGUUGGUUUCCGAGAAAUCCUGAAAAACUUUCCCACCAUCAACAUGGUUACUGCAGAGAAUCACCAUCAUCACCGGAGACCAACCUUCGCUGCCUUCUUGAACGCCGACGCCGACGAAGCUUACAGCAAUGGCGACAACAAGCAAAUCCGUUCCACUACGACGAAUCACAAUAAAUACAACAGUAAUACCAAUAAUUAUCAAAGGCCAAGCAACGCCUCCACGGCGACAACGACGACAACAACGAGCGAGGAGACAGUUUUGUCUCCGUACGUACUGUCUCCAUGGAACCAGACUUUCUCUCCGUCCACCGACAAGACUCCGUCCACAUCCCCGUGGAACCAGACGUACUCUCCGUACUACAAAUCCCCGUGGAUCUACCAAACCGGGAAUAACCACGAGUUAACCAACGAUUCCGAAACCGGUUUGAUCGGUACGAUCGUGAGGCAAGAAGGGCAUGUCUACUCGUUGGCUGCUUCCGGAGAUCUUCUGUUCACAGGGUCGGACUCUAAGAAUAUUAGGGUCUGGAAAGAUCUCAAGGAUUUCGCCGGUUUCAAAUCGAACAGCGGUUUGGUUAAGGCGAUUGUAUUAACUGGAGAUAACCGGAUUUUCACAGGUCAUCAAGACGGGAAAAUCCGGGUCUGGAGAGGAUCUAGGAGCUUUCCAGGGAGAUAUUCUCGAAUCGGAAGCUUGCCCACGUUGAAGGAGUAUCUAAUGAAAUCGAUGAAUCCGAAGAAUUACGUCGAAGUUCGUAGAAACAAGAACGUACUCAAGAUCCGACAUUUCGAUGCAGUAUCCUGUCUGAGCGUUAAUGAAGAACUAGGGUUACUUUACUCUGGUUCUUGGGACAAGACCCUCAAGAUCUGGAGAUUAUCAGAUUCCAAGUGUUUGGAAUCGAUCCAAGCCCACGAUGACGCCAUAAACACUGUCGUCUCGGGUUUCGACGACUUGCUCUUCACCGGAUCAGCCGACGGGACGUUGAAGGUGUGGAAACGUGAGUUACAAGGAAGAGGAACGAAGCAUUUCUUGGUUAACGUGUUGAUAAAGCAAGAGAACGCCUUGACGGCGUUAGCCGUCAACUUGACGGCGGCUGUUGUCUACUGUGGAGCUUCUGACGGCUCCGUUAACUUCUGGGAAGGGCUUAAGUACCUCUCUCACGGUGGGUCCCUCCGUGGCCACCGCAUGGCGGUUUUGUGCCUCGCCACCGCGGGUAAUCUCCUGCUCAGCGGUGGUGCCGACAAGAACAUAUGCGUGUGGCGGAGGCAUCCAGAUGGGACCCACACGUGGGCUUCUGUUCUGAUCGACCACGUAGGCCCCGUCAAGUGUCUAGCCGCGGUGGAGGAGGCUGUGGGUGAUGAAGAAAUCGACGGCAUCCGCCGCGUGGGAGAGAAAGUCGGUGACCAGAGUUGGAUAGUUUACAGCGGCAGCUUGGAUAAGUCUGUCAAAGUGUGGCGCGUGACGGGGUACGCGCUGCCGUAAAUCAACAAGCGCGUGGAAGAGGAUAGUUCUACUUUGGCUAGUUAACUUGCUCGCCGUCGUAGGUCUGGACGUCGCGUGAAGAUGCACGCGCAGACAGAAACGUUCUGCGUCCCAUGUGAUUCGAGGCUUUUGUGGUCGAGGCAAAGUUGAUGUGGCCGGCAGAGAGAUGAUAUAAUGGCAUCGCUGUCGGCCAAUAGAUAUCCGCCACGUCAUAGAAUUUUCGUAUUCUCUUUAAUUUUUAUGGGGAAAAUCCGAAAGUUGCUUUUUUUUAUGUCCUUUUUUCCCGUUAUUCUGUGUAAUUGCAAAUAUUUGAAUUGUAUUGGGAAGGCUAAAAAAUGAAAAACGAAUAUUCUU